CAAUAAUAUUUUAACAACCAUUAAUUUAUGUUCGACAAUAUUCGAUACAAAAUUUAAUGCCAAAAAUUAUAUACUAAGCAUGUUUUUUGAGGUUCUUAAUAAAAUUGUUAUCUUUAGUUAAAAAAUGGCUGAAAAACAAGCUACAUUUUCCAUUAUACCUAAAAUAAUUAAUGGAGGUAUUGCAGGACUCAUCGGGGUAACAUGUGUCUUCCCAAUAGAUUUGGUGAAGACCAGAUUACAGAAUCAACAAAUUGGACCUCAAGGUGAAAAGAUGUACGCAAACAUAUUAGAUGCAUUUAAAAAGACGUUUAAGACGGAAGGAUUUUUUGCACUGUAUAGAGGGGCCGGAGUUAAUUUACUAUUAAUAACGCCAGAAAAGGCAUUAAAGCUCGCAGCGAAUGAUUUUUUUAGAUACCAUUUAUCAACUGGAGGGGUAUUGCCAGUAUACAAGCAAGUCAUCGCUGGAGGUUUGGCAGGUUUAUGCCAACUGAUUAUAACGACACCAAUGGAACUUCUAAAGAUCCAAAUGCAAGAUGCGGGAAGGGUCGAGGCAGCUACAAAAAUGGGGAGUCAAGGACAACAGAUUAAAGAAAAACUGACAGCUACAAAAUUGGCUUUAAAUAUAAUUAAAACAGAUGGUAUCUUUGGCUUCUACAAAGGUACUGGUGCUACUGCCUUGAGAGAUGUAUCGUUUUCUAUGGUCUAUUUUCCCCUUUUCUUCGCAUUGAAUGAAUUAGGACCUAAAAGAGCCGAUAGUGAUACAAUCUUCUGGGCCACUUUUUUUGCUGGACUAGGUGCUGGUGGAGUUUCAGCGUUAAGUGUUACUCCUUUCGAUGUUGUUAAAACAAGACUGCAAACAGCAAAAAAAGCUGCAGGAGAAGAUUUUUACACAGGAAUACCAGAUGCUUUUAGGAGAAUAUUUCUAAAAGAAGGCCCAAAGGCGUUUUUUAAAGGAGGAUUUUGCAGAAUUUUGGUGAUCGCCCCCCUCUUUGGUAUAGCUCAAAUGGUGUAUUUUUUGGGUAUUGCUGAAUGGUUGCUAGGUGUUGACAAAUAUGCAAUAUUAAGAGAAGAGCAUAAAUCCAAAAAGAAUUAAAAAUAAUUGAAUAUUUUAAAUUUUUCAUUAUAUUUAUCGAUAUAUUAA